AUGCACCGAACUGGUUUGGUGCAGGUCAGCGGUAUCAACUUUGGGAAUAUAUGUGAAGGAAAGAAGGAUAUUGAUGCUCACUUGGAUGCCCCUAGUCUCAUAGCGAUUGCAUUUGAUACUGUUCUACCCAAAAUCCUCACAUUCGGAAGGGGAUUUCCUUGGCGCACUCAAGAAUUUCUCAUCCGAGAUGCUGCCUGGGUUGACCUAGCUGGGCAUUUGCCCACCAUUCCAUACUUUUUGGCUCAGUGCUUGGUCCAAUCUCGACGUGCGCCAAAGACGACGACUUUCAAGACUAAGAAAUUUUCACUCAUGGUUGUUGUGCCUGCAGUGCAGUGGAAUCAAGACCCUCAUGCUGUCAGUACUGACUUGGACGACUACGAAGACCUAGACCCUUUUGCUGCGCAACAAGAAGACGAAGACCCUUUUGGUAACGACUUAGAACCUGCGCAUAGUCUAUCUACUGCGACACGUCCAUCAGCAAAGCGAGCUCAUAUUCGAGGCAAGAGUGACUCCACAAGUAGUACUGUCUCACCUCCCCGUAAGAAGCCGGCGCAUGUAUUUUGCCUCCCUGACCGUGAUGAUCUGAAAGAGGCCUUGAAAAAUGGAGGUAGCAUGGAUGCUGCACGUGCACCUAAAGUUUAUGAUCUAUGCAAUGAGGACAUUCAAUUCCAUCAAAUCCCUGUGCGUCCACUAGCUGAUAUCUUGAAGACUCCUCAACACCAUUCAUUCGGACUUGACAUCUCCAAUUCAUCUAUCAGCCAACUCACUAUCAAUGUCCCCCUUUGCAGCAUGAUUGGGAUUGGUGCUUUCAAGACAGCACAUCCAGGAUGGCUCACACUGUCCCCUCUGUCCUCCAGUGGCCUUGGGUCCUGCACUCAGCAGGAUGUCGUCAUUAAGUGGCCAUUCUACAGACCUUCCUCUCACACUGCUGCCGCUGAAUCCAGCACCCUCAAGAUCGCAUGUUAUGCCUUAGCAGAUGAGCUCCAAAAGCUCUUAAAUGAAAGUAACGUGUUGUACUGGGCGAAAUCUCUCCUUAACUUUACUUACAAAUACAUUGAUCACUGUAUCGAUGCAGCAUCGAGUCCUCCAUCUUUCCAAAUACCCCGUGUGCGCUUCAUGGAUGCAGGGAUUGCUUUAGCAUUUUCUCAUCACUCAUCGAACACUCAGGGAACGUCCAAUCAAGCUCCCACAGCAGAUGUUAAGGCAGGGACAUUUUCAGCGGUGUAUCUCCUUGAGGAGCCGGUGACAUUCGACGGUCCUGGUAAUCAGACAUUUACGAAGUUUAUCCACAACAAGGACUGCGAACCAUCACUUGAUGAUGAUGAAUAUGGCUAUGACCUAGCCGUCUUUCUUGCUUUCACUCAGCACAUUCAGUAUGCGAAGACAGAUGGUUUAGCCUUUGUUUCUGAUUAUCAAGGCAGCACUGAGCUUUUGACUGAUCCUCAAAUAUUGACCCACCGUUGCUUGUCUAGCUCAGUCAGUGAUGGAAAUGACCUUUUUGGUGAUGGAAACAUCGCAAGCAUGGUAGAUGACUUUGAGAUGAAGCAUGUUUGUAACUAUUACUGCAAGUGGCCAGGAUUUGGAUUGGAGGUAUAUGCUUAG